AUGGCCACAGCAGACAGCACUGGGUUCUUCCCACCCCGUACAGAGCCAACCCAGGCCCAGAUUGAUGCUAGCAUGACGAAAGUGCUGGAGCUGCAGCACAAUGCGCACACACAGCACGGAAAGCGGCCGUUUGCGGGCAUCCUUGUCGGCCCCGACAACGAGACAGUGCUCCUGCUGCAUCAGUCCGUGUCGCAUGUCGAGCACGCAGAAGCAUCGUUGGCGCGGCUAGCCGCGAACCACUACUCGCAGCCGUAUCUGUGGACGUGCACGCUGUACUCGACCUGGGAGCCGUGUGCCAUGUGCACGGCCACGAUCUACUGGGCCAACAUUGGGCGGGUCAUCUUCGGGGCGUCCAAUGAUCAGCUGCUGGAUCUGACGGGCCGCUUCAACAAGGAGAAUAUGACGAUGAAUUGGACCAGUGAGCAGAUCAUCAAGGGUGGCCAAAAGGACAUUAACGUUGUCGGGCCGCUGGAUGGCUGGUACAAGAAGGUCAUGGAGGAUGCGGACAUCUACUGGUCUAAGCUGCGAAAGCCAUGA